AUGGCUGACGCUUGUGAAGAACGGUGGCAGACCAGCAAGAGCACAGUUCUGGAGAGAAACACGCACAUGUUUAACAAUCCUAUUAUGAGUGAUAUCAACUUUACCUUUCCUGAUCACGACAAGCAGGCCAUUCCGGCGCACAAAUAUGUACUCGCCACCAGUAGUCCUGUGUUCUUUGCUAUGUUUUACGGGGAGCUGCGCGAGACAAAAGAAACGAUUGAAAUAAGGGAGUCUGAUCCAGACAUCUUCCUUCAGCUUCUGCGUUUCUUGUAUUGCGACGAAGUGACUUACCAAGAUGAGAAUGACGCUAUCCAGUUGUGGUAUUUAGCUGAUAGAUACGAUGUUCCUUCGCUUGUGACGAAGUGUUUGGAUUUUCUAGAUGGAGCUAUUUCGCCGCUAAAUGCCUUUGACAUCAUCCCCCAUGCUCGGAAAUUAAAUACUGAAAAGCUCGAAAAGAGUUGCUGGGAAGUGAUCGAUUACAACGCAAAAGAUAUCAUCGAUGGCAAUUCGUUUUCCGAGCUCAGUCAUGAAUUAUUGCUCGAGUUUGUCAAAAGAUCUUCGUUGCGCAUCGACGAAUUAUCAUUGUUCAAAGCAAUAGAUCGCUGGGCGACAAAACGAUGCGCAGAUGAAACUAAGGCUGUGGAUGGAGCCAGCAAAAGAUCACUCCUAGGAGAGGAUCUGGUGGAGCAUAUUCGAUUUCAAGCCAUGUCGCCUCAAGAGUUUUCAGACGUGGUAAUUACUUCAGACUUAUUGUCUAAAGACGAGAUAAUUGAUGUUCUAAGGGUGUUAUCUUCUGUCUCCUUUUCGCGGAGGUUCAAGUUCUCGUCUUACUCCCGAACACAACGAGAUGUGUCAAUUGAUUCCUAUGCGUUAGGUAUCGAAUAUGGCCCUGACCCUUGUCUUCCUUCCUUGCCAGGGCCAAUAGCUGGUUACAAGAAAAGUGGAAUGCUUACGUUUAUAGUGAGGAAGAAUAUUUCCCUAUGCGGUGUAACUAUCAUCAGACGCGUUUUUUCCCUCGAGGGUAAAUCACUUGAUCGUCUUGUGAGUGUGUCCGUCACUCGCGGAGGCAAAACUUUAAGAACAGUUAAACACCACAAAUAUGUCGGGGAAGGAAUGCCCGUAACUCAAGGCAGCCGAGUGGCAUUUAAUGUUCUCUUCAACAGGCCUCUCACGUUGAGUACGAAUACUUGCUACACCAUUGAAACUUCGACUGAACACAUACAAGACCCUAAUACCUUUGUCUGGUAUUUCCCUCUGCCGCACUCUCUGUCAGAUAAACCUGAUUCGCCCAUCAACAAUCCAAAAACAGCUAACAAAGACACCAUACUGUCUGGUGUUUGUUCCGGAAAAUACACUGAGGCUAUCCCGGCUAAUGCUUAUUACGUAGGAGAAGUACUGGCACUUCUGUUUACAGCUUCUGAAUAACGAUAUUACGAUGUAUUUCGAUGCACAAAGCCAAAAUAGGAAAACAAAACCGUGCAUGACACCCACAUUUAGAGUAUGCAUGCAGGAAUAUGCAUGCAAUAGAAUAUGCAUGCAAGCGAGAAUGAGCUGUAGUUCUAUUUGGUACUUUAAAUCAGUUAUAAUUUCCGGCCGAGGCUGGCUCACUUGGUUAUCAAACCCAUACAUGUCCUUCCCCC